CUGCAAGACGGCGAAAUAGCGGCUUGUUUUCUAGGUUAUUCAGAAGCGUACCAACAAACAGAUUUGAAAUUCGCAAGCAUUGUACAGAUACGCCAAUAUAUUAUUUUAUUACAAACGCGUUGUUAAAUUGCUUUACAGUUUAAAAGAUGUCUAACUUUAAUUUCGGCACAAUUGCACAAGAAUUGAAAGAAGUGCAAGAACAGGGGCUCUCGUUUGAGGACAAAACACUAACUUGGGAUACAGCAGAAGAUGUUGCUGAUAUUGUUGCCGCUUUGGAAAAUACAAAGGUGGUUCACUAUCUUAUAUUGGGUGGUAAUACCUUAGGUAUUGAUGCUGCGGCUGCUAUUGCUAAAGGUUUGGAAAAGCAUCCGGAAUUUCAUAAAGCAUUAUGGUAUAAUAUGUUCUCAAGACGUUUGAAAACGGAGACGCCAUUAUCAUUAAGGCAUUUGGGUAAUGGUUUAAUGGUGGCCGGUGCCAAACUUACAGUAUUAGACUUGAGUGAUAAUGCGCUGGGUCCAAACGGUAUGGUUGGACUUGAGGACCUGUUGCGUUCGCCUGUAGUAUACUCCUUGCAAACAUUGCGUUUGAAUAACUGUGGUUUGGGCAUUGGUGGUGGCCAAAUGCUUUCAAAGGCCAUACUAGAUUGUCAUAAAAGUAGUGUUGCCGCUGGCACACCACUCAAGUUGAAAGUUUUCAUUGCCGGUCGUAAUCGUUUGGAAAACGAUGGUGCCAAAGCAAUAGCAAAAAUAUUUUCAACACUUAAGAGUUUGGAAGAAAUAGCAAUGCCACAAAAUUCCAUAUAUCAUGUUGGCAUCGCUGCAUUAGCGAACGGUUUCAGAGAGAACCCAAACUUGCGCAUUCUAAAUUUGAAUGACAACACAGUGACCGAGAAGGGUGCAGCUUCACUUGCCGAAGCAUUUGUAUACACUCCAAUGUUGCAGGACAUCAAUUUUGGUGAUUGUCUACUAAAAACGCAUGGAGCCUAUCACUUUGCCGAAGCAUUAAGCGAGAACCAUCACCAACUUGAGGUUGUCGAUUUGGGCUUCAAUGAAAUCGGCGCAGACGGUGGUGUUGUUUUGGCUGAAGCUUUGCAAAAUAAGAAAAAUUUGAAGCGGCUUAAUUUGGAUGGUAAUCAAUUUGGUUAUGAAGGACGUGAACGAAUCAGGGAGAUUAUAGGGUCAUCGGCAAAUCCAAAUGCAUUAGAAAGCCUAGAAGAAGAUCAAUCAGAGUGUGAGGAUGAUGAAGAUGAAGACGGUAAUGACGACGAUGAAGAUGAUGAUGAGGAUGAGGACGAUGAAACUACUGAAGAAGUUGACGAAGAUGAGGAAUACCAUGAUGAAGAUGCUGAUGAGGAAGGCGAUGAAGCAUACAUAACAUCACCAGCUUUUACAACAAAUAUGUUUGCCGCUAAUGAGUCCUUUAUUUCUGCCAAAAAUGUACAAUUUGCUGAACAAACAACACCAACAAAGCCAGUUACCGUUGAGUCAUUUUGUCUGAGUCAGAAACCUUGUACCAUACAAGCAUUCGAAUCAUUGCAGGAGGCAGAUAAAUUGAAGGCCUUCAAAAGCAUCAUUGAGCAAUUCACCGACGACAAUCGCUUGCUUUUGCUCAUUUUUACCACAUUGAAAUGCGCACAUCUCUCCCAAUCAUCCGCUGCUGCACUAGACUUGGCGAAAGCGCUCUACAAAGAGACUGUCGACUAUGCGGUGGAGACCAAACAAGAGCGACGGGUUUUGAAUUAUAUACUAAUGCAAUUGGGUUUGCUACGCAGCGAAGAGAAAUUCACAAGCGCCUAUGACGUGAAGAGUUGUCGUUACGCGCUGCGCGAAACACUAAAAUCAAAUCCCCAAUUUGGCAGUGAGCACAUGCGUAACGCAUUCAAUGUAUUCCUAAAAGAAUUGGAUGCUUGAAAGUAUGAGGCUAUUACCAAUUUCGUAUGGCUUUGUAAGGUUUUUUUUUAAUAUUCCGCAUAAGUUUUGUUCCACUGUUUAAAUUAUAAAUUUGCAUAAACACUAGUUAUUGGUCAAGUUUAAAUACAAAAAAAAUACUUAAAAAAACAA